AAAUAAUGAAUAAUUAGACUGAUUUUAUUCAAACUUGAAACUCAUUUUGAAGAUACAAAAAAGCUGAUGUGAAAGCAAAUAAAUGGCAGUAAAUUCAAUGAAAUCCCACCCCAUUUGCUUCCCCUUCACAGCACAUUUUACCAACUCCUCUCUAUGAACGAAUGAACCCAAAACUGAACUCACCAAAUCAAUUCAAAAAUGGCCACUUCUUCUUUAGCUAAAUCCCUCGUCACUGCUGCUCCGUCGCCUGGUCAAAUUACUGUUCAAAAAACUUCUCUUAUUCCCAAUCAAAUCCGUUUUUACCACACUAAACGGCGUCGUAAUGUCAUCGUAUUAGCCUCUUCUCGCGGAGAAAACGAUAAUCAAAACGCUCAGGCUGCUCUUGAGCUGCAGCAAACUCCUUUGCUUAAUAACUCUCCCUACGAUGUCGUUUGUAAAGACGCUCUUCCUAGGCCAUUAUCGUCUUCUCAGUUCUCCGAUUCAGUUUCUGAGGGCUCUCGGCUUCGUGUAGCUUAUCAGGGAGUCGGCGGCGCCUACAGCGAAUCAGCGGCCGAGAAGGCGUAUCCGAAUUGUGAAGCAGUUCCUUGCGAGCAGUUCGAUACAGCUUUUGAAGCUGUUGAACGGUGGCUUGUGGAUAGAGCAGUUCUUCCCAUUGAGAAUUCUUUAGGCGGGAGCAUCCAUAGGAAUUAUGACCUUUUGCUCCGGCACAGCCUGCAUAUAGUUGGGGAAGUGAAAUAUGCUGUUCGCCAUUGCUUGCUAGCCAAUAAUGGUGUAAAAGUUGAAGAUUUGAAAAGGGUCCUAAGUCAUCCACAGGCUCUUGCUCAAUGCGAGCAUACAUUAACAAGCUUGGGAUUGGUCAGAGAAGCUGUAGAUGAUACCGCUGGUGCAGCUAAGCAUGUUGCACUUCACAAACUAAAGGAUACAGGAGCUGUUGCUAGUUCUGCUGCUGCGAAGAUCUAUGGCUUGGAUAUUUUAGCUGAAGAUAUUCAGGAUGAUUGCGAUAAUGUUACUCGCUUUCUGAUGCUGGCAAGGGAACCCAUAAUUCCAGGCACUGACAGACCAUUCAAGACGAGUAUUGUUUUCUCCCUGGAGGAGGGCCCUGGGAUGCUUUUCAAAGCACUUGCUGUUUUUGCUUUGCGGCAAAUUAACCUUUCUAAGAUUGAGAGUCGACCACUGCGGAAACAGCUACUGAGAGCAUCUGAUGAUAAUAACAAUGGACUUCCAAAAUACUUUGACUAUCUUUUCUAUGUGGAUUUUGAAGCAUCUAUGGCUGAUCAGAAAGCACAGAAUGCCCUCAAGCACCUGAUGGAGUUCGCUACCUUCUUGCGGGUUUUAGGGAGUUAUCCUGUGGACACUAGCAUGAUAUGAAUGAGCAUUUAACAUGCGGUCCAGGCUCAUAGCCUCUCGGCUUGGAUUUCAUUUUGAAUGGACACCAGGAAAUGUGAUUGAAUCCCCGCGGCUUGAAUUUUAUUUUGAUUGGAGAGAAAGGAUUGGUGAUCUAUCUCCAUUUACAAGUCUCCUUAGAACCGCUCACAUAUUUUGUGGUAAUCUCCAUUCGCAAUUUUGUGGCUUCCUUUUCUAUAUUGCUCAUGUAAUUAUGAAGAUCCGGAAUGUACUUUUGUUUUGGUUCCAUUUUUUUAUAAUUUAUUUGAUAUUUGAUAUAAAUGUGAUUACGUUAAGAAAAACUUAAUAAACUAUUCAUUGUUGGUAUUAGUAUAUGUUAUACUUACUGUUAAAUUUAUCUAUAUCUUAUUAUUAACA